AUGUGCGCUGUCUUCGCUAUCAACGUACAUUGCACGUGGUAAAAAGAACCAAGUAAGCACGAAAUAGUUAUAUUUAAAAAAAAAAAAAAAUACAAGGAUGCAAUGGUCGUUUUGCCUAAUUUUUGUUGUCAAAUUCUUCUAAAUUUUUAAGCUGGGCCAGACCACCCAUAUGAACCCAAUACAACCGCCCACCUAAGCCCCCACUCUACCACCAUAGUCCGUUUCCGGCAAUUAUUCACGGCGGUUAAAGUCGUCGAAAAUCGCCGGCGGUUUUUAUCUUUACUCAAAAUCUCUCCUUCAGUUAUCAUAUCAUCACUCAUCAGUUGAAACUGUUCAAUGAUGGUUGGGACUCAGUCGGAAAGAGAAGAAAAAGUAUCGUUAGAACUCACCGAAGAGAUUCUUCAAAGCAUGGAAAUUGGCAUGGUUUUUAGGGAUUAUAACGGUAGAAUCAGCUCUAUGGAUUUUCACAAGACAUCAAGUUAUCUAGUAACUGCUAGUGACGAUGAAUCUAUUCGCCUUUAUGAUGUUGCCAGUGCAACGUAAGCCUCAUGUUUUCUUGCCUCAUUUACAUAGAUGUUUAAAAACUAUCAAUAGCAAAAAGUAUGGAGUUGAUCUGGUUUGCUUUACUUCUCAUCCUACAACUGUUAUAUACUCCUCAAAAAAUGGAUGGGAUGAAUCUCUGCGGCUUCUCUCGUUAAAUGAUAACAAAUACUUGCGGUAUUUUAAAGGUCAUCAUGACAGGGUUGUCUCGCUAAGUUUGUGUUCUCGGAAAGAAUGUUUUAUCUCUGGUUCUCUUGACCGGACUGUUCUACUAUGGGAUCAACGAGCUGAAAAGUGUCAGGGUCUUUUACGAGUACAAGGAAGGCCUGCCACAGCAUAUGAUGAUCAAGGGUUGGUAUUUGCAAUUGCCUUUGGAGGAUACAUAAGAAUGUUUGACUCUCGCAAGUAUGAAAAGGGACCUUUUGAUAUCUUUUCUGUUGGGGGAGAUGUAUCUGAUGCACAUGUUGUAAAGUUUAGCAAUGAUGGGAGACUUAUGCUCCUGACAACUAUGGAUGGGCAUAUUCAUGUGCUUGAUUCAUUCCGUGGCACACUUUUAUCAACAUACAAUGUGAAGCCAGUCUCCACCAACUCUACAUUAGAGGCAUCUUUCAGUCCCGAGGGAAUGUUUGUUGCAUCAGGCUCAGGUGAUGGUCGAGUCCAUGCUUGGAGUGUAAGGAGUGGGAAAGAAGUUGUGAGUUGGAUGACCUAUGAAACUGAGCCUCAUGUAAUAAAAUGGGCCCCUGGAAGUCUUAUGUUUGCAACUGGUUCUUCUGAGCUAUCAUUUUGGAUUCCAGACUUGUCUAAAUUGGCAGCUUAUGUUGGAAGGAAGUAGAAUUUCCUCAAUGCUCUUAAAAUUUGAAACAUACAGUGGUCAGGAGGUUCUCUACUUUAAAUAGAGAACUCAUGGACAGAAUUCAGGAAUAUUCUUUGUAUAUAUGUUUUUUAUUUUCUUAUUCUUCCUCAUGUCUCUUUAAAUUAGAGAUAUUUUCCCCAAAAAGAGGAAGGCAACUAUGCUUCAUAAAGAAGUUAUCUAUUAAUCUAAGGAUCUGUAAGACAAGAUUGUACACUAGAUCAUAAAACAUUGGUCUGAAGCUUGUGCAAUAUCGUGUUGGUCUCAACAUGUAAACUCCGCAAAGCUUUCUUGACUUUCAUUCACAUAGUUUUAUAUGAUUGUUAAUUUUGAGGAAGGCCAUUUAGAAGAACUUUAAUCUGUGUAUUUUCUUAUAUACGAAUAUCAUAUGCUAAUGCUGCAUCUUUUGAUCAGCAUCCA